AUGGAUACUCCAACGAAAUGGAUAGCUUCGAUGAUUGAACGCCUCCUGAGCUCCUAUUUGAGUAAAACUUCGGUCAAAAUCCCUUUUGAGAACGACCAGAGCAACCUCCGCUUCCGGAUCGAUGCCAUCAAGAGUGUUCUGGUGAACAGUUGUACGGAAGACCGACACUUUAACAAGCUCAAUGUGACUGACUCAGACGCCCAAGUCGAAGCGAUCUUUUCCAGAGAGGCGCUGGAGGACUAUCAGAAGAGAUACUCACAGCAUCCGUUCAGCAAGGAGGAGAUACGAGGAUACCGUGUUCAGCUGGAGGACUUUGAGCUAGUCUUGGAGUAUACCACGGCAACCCCGAAGGUCCAUCUCUAUGUCCAACGUUUCAAGGUAGAAUGGGGCUCGGCCAGGCUCAAGACCCCCUCAAAGGGGAAGACCCUUCGGAAACAUCCGGUUUAUAAGUUGAUGCAAGAUGCGUCCAGAGAUGCCAAGCAAUCUUUGCAGCAUAUCAUGGCGCCUGCCCCUCGAGCCAAGGAUUCGUUCUCUUCGCAGACCCAUCAGUCGUUCCAAAUGCCUGCCUCGCAGAAUGGUUUCAUGUCCCAGACGGCCCAACAGUCUCACAGGGCGGUAGUUAAUGAGAAGCAGCCACUGGAGAAACCGGGACUUUGCCUUGAAGACCCCUGGAAGGAUUUACCUCGAAUUGAGGAACGGGAUAUUCGUAUACCCAAGGACCAACAGGAUUUACUAGGGUUACAUAAGCGUCGCUGGAUACCACCUCUACCCGGGGAAAGCAAACCACAAGGCCACGUACCGCCUCGUCUACUUGCUCAGUGGAACACUAUUGUGUCGCGAAGAUGCCGCGCCGCUAGGGAAAGGUCACCGAAACAAGCAACACCGGAAUCGUCUCCAUCUGAACGGCGUCCACUUGAUUCUCCCAGCCCCACACCUCGAGCCGAUUCAGACUCAGAAGGCGAGCCUCUGACGUCGCAGUGGUCAGAAAGCUCCCCGGAACAGACUAUACGUCGACGUCCAGCCCUGCCUGAAGAUAGUAGCCCAAUAAGAGGGAGCCCGCGCAGGCUAGGGCGAAAUGCACCGUUGGUAGAUAGACCCGAAGUGCAAGCGGAUCGUAUGGCCGAAAAGUCUAUUCCGGAAUCCCGUCAGCGUGUUCUAAGCACGGGGUCUGAGAAUCCAGGGGACGUUGCUGGUCGGGCCAAAACAGGUAUACAUCCUACUCGGCGAAGCAUCACAGUUCGAGACCAUAGUCUACGAGAUGACUCGGAUGGAGACAGUGAUGACUCCAUGAUGGACACCUCUGUGCCUUGUCCACUUGGAGUCGAACUAUCUCAGUUGCAGUUUGUCCGUCAGUCGGAGCAGGAGAUAACCAGCUCAGGCCCGUCUCUUCCUGCGCCUGCUACACAAGAUCAGGUGCAGGUGCUGGACACCCCCGAGACCAACUUGAGACGGUUUCGCCAUUCUCAGCCCGAACUGAGUAGCAAAGCCCCGCAAAUGCAGGCCCCUAGUACCCAGUCACCCAGUGUAGACAAAUCUUCAUCUCAGUCACGAAUUCUGAAUUCUAUCGGGAGUAGCACCAACAAGGAGUCUUCUUUACAAAGUCUUCCACAUGAUCGAUCCCAGGGCACUAACGCGGAAAUCCGAGUGGACAUUGUUGGGACGCAGAUGAGCAGUCGGGACCUACCAACGCAGGACCCAACGCCGUGUUCUACCGCAGAUGUGGUUCUAGAUUCAAGUGCCCCGAGACUGAGUGAAGCGAGUGUGAUCAUGGAAGUCGUACUGCCCUCGUCUCUGCCGCUCGAGACCGAUAGUCAAAAGGAAGCUAGCUACGAUUUUCUGGCACAGAGAUCAUCAAACCGGCAUUCCGUGGGAGUGGUCUCGAAACGUCCUGCGUCUGCUCUCGAAGACGAGGCAUAUGGCCCAUCCAAACGACCUCGAACGCAGCCGCCUGAAACAGCGCACGGACCAGCUUCCAGCGCAUUGCAUCGACAGAGUCCCCGCGAUCCCGCUGAUAGCUGGGAAGCUCAUCAGACUUAUGGGAAGUUCUGUCGUAAUUAUCCAAACUAUACUGGCGACUUUCAUCACUUCUCCAAGCUCUGCUUUAAGCUUCAGGCUGUGCGAGCUAAGGGCCACCUGCAACGGUCUUUCUUAUGGGAUGACUUCAUUAUCAAGUAUCUCGAAGAUUUUCCUGGCUAUAUACAGCAGAGCCAGGUAUCGGAAUCAAAGUCCAUGGAUUACGAAGACUAUUUUGCAUGUACUUUUUCCCGACCUAUAUACAAGAAGCGAAGCCUGACAGCGCAGGGUAUCGCGAUUGCAGCAGCACAGUAUGACCCAGCCAACGAGGAUCAUGUGCCUGCUCCUGUACCUGCCCCGGCACCCAGGCCAGACACAUCGUUUACUGGCAGUCUUGUGGACCGCUUCACUAACCUGAAAGCUGACUCUUUCGAGCCGGGGAGCCAGGCUACCUUAUCCGACACUGACAUGGAUAUAUCGUCUGUAAUGUCGUCACCCACUCCCCAUCGCCAGCCUCAAUCUGUCGCCCAGGCCGGGAAUUGGAAUAUGACACGCCAUAGAGAGCAAAAGCACACCGAGGAAGAUGCGUCUUCUGACCUUGCCUCAGCAGAGCGGCUUGUAAUACCUACUAGCUCAGCCAGCGCUUACGAGUCCGCUCUGGAAUAUGCCCCCAUACACGAUGGAUUUACCGCUUUCGAGAAAGAGAAUGCUCCGGAGUCUAGUGGCCUAGAAAGUGGGCAGAUAUCUAAGGCGGCGACACCAACUCCAGGCAACCAAGUGUCAACAAUCGAGACUGCGCAGCACGAACAGCACACAGGGUGGCAUUACAUGGAUGAUCGAGAUACAACUCCAAAACCAGCGGAACCAGUUACCGUGGUUGAGCCCGAGCAGCACGCUUCGCAAGUCGAGGACAAUUCAGUGGCUGAUCGCGACGACACCUCAACACCCACGGAAUCGAUCAUAGGGCUUGAAUCCCAGCACCACGCCUCGCAAGUCGAGGACAGUUUGAUGGCUGAUCGGGACGCCACUCCGACACCGGUGGAGCAAAUUCUUGCUGUUCAGUCUCAAGAACAUGCUUCGCAAGCCGAGGACAGCUUGGUGGCCGAUCACGACGUCACUCCAACACCAGUAGAGCCAAUCAUCGCUGUUCAGUCUCAGCAUGAAUCUCAAACUAAGGAUCGCACUGUGACUGAUCAAGCUGCUGAGACGACAAUUCCCAGUCAUGUCGAGAUCAGCCAAGUUGACGAGCUUGAGGGCAGUCAAAAUAUCUCAAUGGGCGAGCUGGAAAGCACAGAUGGAUCUAUCCUGGAAGAUGCUGAAAAUAUGGAAGGCCAAGAGUCGGAAUCGGUGGUCUCAGAAGAAGACCUGGAAGUGAUCGGUGCAAGGAACGCAGCACUGUCUUCCGUGCUUGAAACGAAUGCCAAGAAACCUGAAGAUGCCCACGCUGCCGUCGAUAAGGGUUUUGAAGGAGUGGACACAGCAGAACACCCGCCAUUAUCGAUUGCAGCUAAGGAAGAAAACAAGUCGAUUGUGGAAGACAUUCAUGGCACAGUCGGCCAGGAAGCCGAGGAUAUGGACUCAGCGGAGCACCUCGAACCCGUCCCCGCAGCGGACCAAGCAGGGCCCACCACCGUGGGGGAACAAGAUCAGUCUCAGGCCCACGACACACCUGACCAAGAAAGCCAAGAUGUCGAUAUGACAGUAGAAAGUCAAGAGUCGUCGAAUUCAAACACGCAAGACUCUGUUGGCCAAGGAACUACGCCAUUGGACGUAGCAGAACAGCCACAGGCCAUUCUUGCAGACAAGGCUGGGUCUCACGAACCAGAAGAGCAUAAUGAGUCGACAGGGCAAAGCUUACACGAUACCACUGACAUGGAGGUCGAAAGAGUCGGUUCAGCGAAGCACUCGCCGUCUGAUGCAGCAGGGGAGCUAAAUGGCUCCGAGGCGGAAGAACACGAUGCGCCGAUAAAUCAAGACACUCCUACCGUUGAUCACAGAAAUUGGGCCUCCGAAGGACGGGGAGAACACGACCAAUCGGUCAUCCAGGACAUCCAGAACUCAUUUGAUCAGGAAAAUGGAGAAAUGGACUCAGCAACAACCUCACAUUCUAUUGUUGCAGAGGAUAGGGCAGAGCCCGCCCAGCCGGAAGUGCAAGAGGUGCCCUUUGCCGGAGGCACCAAUGAUGUGCCUGCUCAAGCGCCGGGUGCGAUAAAUCCGGCUAAGCGAGACGCUGUUGUUGCAGGGGAUGAAACAGUAUCUGCCAAGCAACAAUCGAAGCCCUCGGACGCGGACGCGGAGACUGGGAGCGCGGACGAAGAUCUGCAUUCAGUUCCUGCAGUAGACGAAGCUGCAUCUGCCAGGCGACCUCUGAUAGAACAAUCGGAGCCUUCUGACGCUGAGGCUGAGAGCGCUGACAGAGAGCCGCGCCAUGUCAUGGUUGCGGUCGAACCACGAUCCGUCAGAAAUGGUUCGGUUAAGUUAGAAGGGCCCUUCGAUGCUGAUGUGGAGAGCGUUAUUGAGCAACUGCACUCUGUUCUUGCAGGGAAUGAAGCCAGCGCUCCCGAACAAGCUUCGCCAGGUCCAGCAGAGCACUCGGACAUUGAUAUGGACAGCGAUACCGAGCUUCUGCCCUAUGUCCUGGCGGAGCACGCAGCCGGCUCGGCCGAACACGCUCUAGUAGAACCGGCCGAGCACUCGGAUAUUGUCAUGGAGAGCGAAGUGGAGCUUCUGCUCUUUGACGAUAAAGAGGAUAGAGCAAGCUCUACUAAGCAAGCACCAGUAUCUCCAGAAAUGCACUUCGACCCCGAAACUGCGGGUCCAGCCGAUCCCAACGCGACGACAGCGUCCGAGUUCGAGGAGGAUGAGGAAAACGGUGACUCCAUGUGCAUUGAGGAACACCACGAGACCGCCAGCAUCGAACUCGGCGAAGAACCGCCGUCCCCGCCGCCCGCUCCUCCACCGCAAGCGCAGCCCGAGACCGCAUCCGAGGCGGAGAGUGACACUGAUGACAUGAACGAGAACUGGUUCCUGUCCCUCCGCCAUCUCCGUCCGACAGGAUCGGUCUGGUCGGACGACCCCAAUACACCCUUCAAGCAGUGGGUUCGAGCCGAUCAAGCGAUUCUAAGUGAGCGUGACCGCCGCGGCGGGGCGUACCUUCCUGUCGAUGCGAAGGGGGUGAUUCAACGACCGGACUAUCGAUGACUUCUCAUUUUCGAGGCUUGUAGUUCCUACUCUUCUAUCUCGUACUUUCAUUUGUAUUUCGGUGCAUAUCAUUACGUGGGCUUAAUUUGUUAUUUGGCUGAUAAAAAGCGGGCGACAUGAAUUAGAUGAUUAUCCUCGGAUUCGAUGAGUGGAGAGCGGUUCAAGUUCGAAUAUGGAUCCAGGUUUAUGACUACUACAUAUUGUAUUCUACUAAUAUGCUGCUGCUUGGUUCGCAUCGGAUAAUGAU